AUGGGUUGUACGAGUGCAAAGGCAAGUAAAGCCGAAGGGGAUCUUGAUCGAUAUCAUCAGGAGAUCUUGCUCGCAGCACAGAAAGGUGAUGAUAAACGAAUCAAAGAAAUCCUCGAUGAGCUCGAUCGACGGAAGGCAACAACGACGAAAAAAGAAGUACUCAAUAUGGGUUAUCGCGAUGCAGACGGCCUGACAGCAUUAAGUAUCGCCGCUGGAAAAAAACAUAAAACUGUCACUGAAAUGUUAGCUUCAUGUCCAGAAGUAGAAAUAAACAAAGCAUCUCUAUCUGGGAUUACACCACUAUUAAUGGUUGCUGAAGUCGGAUGGCCAGAUAUUCUCGAUAUUCUGUUAGAUCGUGGUGCUAUUGUUGAUUCGGCUCCAUUAGGCAAACGAGCAGAAGAAAAUAAAAUAGCUGGUUCAACGCCGCUGAUUGGUGCAACGAAAUACAAUCAUCCCGAAUGUGUCAAACGUCUGCUUGCACGUCAUGCUAAUCCUAAUCAUCAGAAUCAAUCGGGUAUAUCAGCAUUGAUGCUUGCGGCGGAACAAGGAUACGUGGAAUGCGUUCGACUACUUGUACAAGCUGGAGCUAAUCUCGAAUUAGCGCCGAGUGGCCAAUUAGCGUUAACAAUGAACUUAUGUGGCCAAACACCAUUGUUUUGUGCAGCAAAAGAAGGUCGCAUAGAUAUUGUCAAAUAUUUACUAGAUCACGGCGCUAAUCCUCGUGUACAGAAUCACUAUGGCGUUAGUGCGCUAUGGAUUCCUGCACAAAAAGGCAUGUUACAAGUCGUGGAAUUGUUGUUAAACGCAGGAGCCGAUACACAUAUCGCACCAUUCGGUAAUCUAGCUGAUGAAUUAAAUAUUACUGGAUGGACGCCACUAUAUGCAGCAAUGAAAUCUCGAAAAUUCGAUGUAGUGAAGUUAUUACUAAAGCGUGGCGCUGAUCCUAAUGCCGUGACGAAAUUAGGCUCAACACCAUUUUUAUUAGCGUCCGAAAUCUGUGAUUUAGAUGUCAUUGAAGCGUGUGUUGAAGCUAACGCCGAUCUCGAUUUUGCACCAAGCGGUCCCGAUGCUGACAACUUGAAUAUUACAGGGCAAACCGCUUUAUUCAUGGCUACAUUGAAAGAUCGUGUUGAUGUCGUGAAGUUUCUCAUUCAUCGAGGAGCACAAGUUAAUGUAAAAAACCGUUAUGGUGUCUCACCGUUACUUCUCUGUGCCGAAUCAGGCAAUCAAGAACUUGUCCGAGCAUUAGUCGAAGCUGGUGCUGAUGUGAAUGUUACACCCCAAGGAGAAUUGGCAGAAGAAAAUCUUCUUGCAGGACAAACGCCUCUUUUCGGUGCAGCGAAGAAAGGUCACGUCGAAAUCUGUGAAUAUCUCAUUCAGAAUGGUGCUAACGUGAAUGCUGUUACUAUGACUGGUGCUACAGCAUUGUAUACGGCUACAGAGGAAGCUCAUUUGGAUGUUAUUGAAUUAUUAAUACGACAUGGUGCUGAUGUGAAUCGUUCACCCAAAGGACAAGUAGCACGUGAUCUUCAUAUUGAAUACCAAACACCUCUGCUAAUUGCAUGUAUGAGAAAUUAUGAUGCAGUCAUUCGACAUUUAAUUCGGUCAAAUGCUGAUGUGAAUGUGACAUCCGAACGUGGCUCAUCGCCAUUCCUUGCCAUUUGUCAACAUAAUAAUGUCGAAAUAGCUCAGUUAUUAAUCGAACAUGGAGCCCGAUAUGACGUUGAAGCUAAAAAUCUGUAUGAUGGAAAAAUAAAUGGCUUAAUUGUUGCUGCUGAAGCAGGAUCAUUUGAUAUUCUACGUUUGCUGGUUGAACGUGGCUUAGAUGUGAAUUAUAAGAUCGAAGGAAAAGGUGAAACAGCAGGUCGCACACCGUUAUUUUGUGCAUGUGCGAAAGGUUUUCAAGAUAUUGUCCAAUAUUUACUUGAAAAAGGAGCUGAUGUGAAUGGAACAGAAAAAAGUGGUCUAUCAUGUUUGCAUAUCGCUGCAGCGAUGGGUCAUGCAGACACCGUUCAAAUCUUAUGUGAACAUGGUGCCAACGUUGAUCAACAAUUUCGCUUCGAAGAACAAGAUGUCACUGCGUAUGACUUAGCAGAUUCUCAACAGCAUGACAGUGUUUGCCAGGUACUUCAACGUUUUGGUGCACAACAAUCAUAUCAAAUAACCAACAUAUUGAUGUUAAAUUGA